UGCUCCCAGGGCCCUGCCUACUUGCUGGCAGCUGACCAUCUGCAGGAGCUUGGAGUGAAAAUAUAUUGGAUUAUUUUCUGAACACAAACCAAAUUAAAACGCGAGAUGGAGCUGAAAUCAUCUGGUAUCAUGCAGCAAACAGUAAAUCACAAAUGAAAGAAGCAAUAAAAAGUGCUGCUCACAUGGUAGAAGCAGAUGUUCUUCUUCGUGGGUGCAAAACAGAAAAGGGUGAACCAAUCAUGGCUCAUCCUCCUGAAAUGAACAGUGACAACACACUCCAGGAGUGGCUACAAGAGAUUCUGAACGCUGACAAAGGCAUCAAACUGGAUUUUAAGAGUCUACCAGCUGUCCAGCCCUCUAUGGAGCUUCUUGAAAGUAUAAAGUUGCACCUGAAACGCCCUGUUUGGAUUAAUGCAGAUAUUCUACCUGGACCCAAUGGAAGUAAUGCUGUAGUGGAUGCAAAAUUUUUUUUAGACAUUGUAACAUCAUUUUUCCCAGAUAUAACCUUAUCACUGGGGUGGACAACUGGGUGCCAGCUUCAAAGAUGCAAGGAAGGCUACAGCUGGGCAAUGGUGAAAGAGAUGGCUGAAAUAUGCAAUGCACUUACUCAACCUAUAACAUUCCCAGUAAGAGCAGCAUUAGUAUGGCAGUCAAAGUCUGAGUUGCUUUGGCUAUUACAACAGUCAGAGAGGUACAGCCUGACUGUUUGGACAGGAAAGCAAGAUCAGUAUUCUACAGAAGAUCUGCUCCACAUCAGAGAGAAUUUUGAUAAAAGUCUUUGCAACAUAGGAAUUGCUCAAUUAUUUUUCCAUAGUCAAGAAACAGAGGAAGGCUAACAAGUGGCAUUUUUCCCAAUGGGUGCCUUAAGUCUAACCAGGCGUGCUUCGAAUCUGCAAAGGUUGAGAACCACUGGCCUAGGUAAAUUGCUUUAAUGGUUGAUUACUCACACUGUUAAACUUUUUAACUUUGCUUCUAGCCUGUACUAAUUAUUGCAAUUCCAGAAAUCAAAUUGUCAAGACAUUUAUCAUAAGACAUAGAGCCACUCUGGUGUUGUUUGAUUGCUUUGUGGAGUGAAA